UUCAGUUAAAAUUUGUCAACAUAAUACAAUCAGUUUUUCGCGAUACGCCAACGGAAACAAACGAAAAAAAAUUCGGCUUGCAGUGAAAUUUUAAGUCAAACAAAAUAUUUGAAGUUAAAAGAAAAAAAAAACAAUAAAAAUGAAACAUUUAAUUGCUUUAAGUAUUCUAAUACUUACACUCUUAAUAAUACCCUCAUCAAAAGCUGAUCUUUUGGAAUGUGAUGAGAAAAUUUUACCCUCCUUAAGUGAGAUACCCGGCAUUGGACCCAAAAUAGCUAGUGCUGAGGAUACGGGUGAUAAAAUAAGCGAUUUCUUUAAGAAGAUAGGAUGUGAAGUGAAGAGAGGUGCAAAGAAAUUUGGUGAAAGUUUCAAACAGAAUGCCGAAAAAAUCAAUGAAAACGUUAAGGAAGGUGUCAAGAAAUUCACCACCAAGGCCAAAGAAGUUGGUUCUGAUUUAAAAGUAAAAUUCCAUGAUUUCAAGGAUCGUUUACAUAAAGAUUCCGAUGAAAUGGUUGUGUCCGAUAAGAAAUUCUUUUUGGAAAAUGUCGAAUUAAUUAAUCCUGAUAUAUUAAAAGCUGAUCAGGAAUGUGGUCACGGUCAUAUAUUGGAUUCGUUGGGUAAUUGCAGCAAAUUACGAAAGUAAAUUAAGAACUUUAAAAUACUGAAGGAAAAAAGUAUUGUAUUGUAAAAAAACGAAAAGGAAGAAUAUCCCAUGAUAAGAAAGUGCUGUAUUAUUAAAAAAAAAAAAAACAAAAUUAAAUGUAAACCAAAGUUUCUAAAAUAGUUUUUAAGAUUAAUGUGUGUGUUUUUAUAUAUAUAAUUGUUGAAAAAGAAAUGAUAUAUUUAGUGUAGAAUAUACAUAUGUAUGUAAAAAUAAAAGGAAAAUAAUUUUAUUGAUUGUA